AGUUUUAAAAUAAAGUUGUUUUGAUAUAUAUAAUCCCUUGAAUUAGAAAAUAUUGAUCAUUUGAAUUACAAUAAAUCCUUUCUUUUAAAAUUGUCUUAAAACGCUUUUAAGUUUUGCAGUUACGGGAAUUUUAAGUAUAGGAAUAAUUAAAUUUAUUUUUAUUCAAUUACGUAGAUGAUAAUCGUAAUUUUUUUGCAUUAUUAUUAAAAUUUUCGAUAUCGUUUAGUUUUAUUUUUUAUGAAGAAAUAAAAUCUGCAAUAAAUUUGGAAAUCUUCAAUAAAGUGAAACGCUGUAAAUCUUCUGGAAUUCUGUAACAAAAUCCAAAAUUUCAAUGCAGCCUCAGGAAAACGUCACGAAUUCUGCAGUCAUCAAAGCAACUUGUUAUUGUCCAUGUGCUCAACCCAGCAAGACUGCAAGAGCUUCUUCCAGUACCAGCAGACACAUGACAGGUGCAGAUCGGAGUGGACAGGCCAUUCGAGAUUAUUGGAAGCGACAGGACUUCUUGGAUCAAAUCACAGACUAUGCUCAGCGGCAAGAGAAAGAACUAAUUCGCAAUCAGUGGGAACAUGAAGCUGAAAGGAAAGCUUUUUACAGCAGGGUACAGUGGGAAAUGGAUAAGAUUAAGGGAAAAAUGGAAGAGGACUUGGAAAAACGCAGAAAAAGGCUUUCAGAUCUCUUAAAAGAAGAAGAGGCCGAGUAUCUAAUAGAAGAAAGUACUUCAUUCCAUGAAGAUCCAGGGGAGAAACAACAGAGAAUGCUGGACAGGUACUGUGAGUUAAAAACGCAAAAAGAGAGGAAGAGACAACAAAUUGUACUUGAAAAGAAGGAACAGCAGUUUAAACUAAACUGCGACGAAUUGCGGACUGAGCUGAGCAAGAAAAUGCAACGGCAAGCAGUUGAGGAUGGCAAGAGAAUAAUCCGGGAAAGACAAGCCGAGUCGGAACAAAAGAUUCGAGAAGAGGAACUCUACGAGCAACUAUUGAGGAUGGAUUGCGAGGCAAAGAGGCAGAAAGAAGAAAAAGAAGAAGAAGAAAGAAAAAAGACAGACAUCGCAUAUAGCAGAUACAUUGAAGAUCAGAGGGAAGCUAUGAAAUCAAAAAAAUUGAGGAGAUUGAGAGAAAAAGAGGAAGAGGCUGAAAUUAUGGCUGAACAAAAGAGACUCAUGGAAUUGGAAGAAUUGUGUGAAAGAGAGAAAAAUAAAAGGAAACAAGAAGAAAUGAGGAGGAACUUAGACAGCUGUUUGAGGGAGAAGUUAAAGAAGAAAUCAAAAGAAGUGCAAGACGAUCUGCUUCAAGAUCUCUUCUUCAUCAUGGAUGAAUCAUGGAUGGAUGUACAAAUCAUGGAUGACAAAGACGAAAAAGAAAGAAAUGCAAAGAAACGAGCUUUGAUGAAAGAACAGCAGGAGUAUUUGAAGUAUUUGAAAGAUCAAAUGAAGAAGGAAGAUGAUUUCGAGAAAGAGAUUGAUAAGCUCUACCAAGAUGAAUUAGACGAAAUCUGGAAAAAGAGGCAGAAUGAGUGGGAUGAAGAAAAGCAGAAACGAAGACAGCUGGAGCAAGACGUCAUGAACGGCAUAAAAGAACAAAUUCAAUCAAACAUUGAAAAAAGUAAACAAGUUUUUCAUUUGAACGAAUCAUACGCUCAGUUGGUUAUGAAAGAAGUUGAAGAAGAUAAAAAGAGAAAUGCCGAGAAACUGAAAUUAAUUAGAGAACGAAAUGAAAGACAUCAAAAUGAGCUCCUAAAUCAAAUCCGAGAAAAACAAGAACGAUUAAAAGAAGAGAAGAGGUUGAUUGAUAUGGAAUUGGAAGUGGCUCGUUGCGAAAGAGAAGAUGAAGAGACCAAGAUUCAAAAAUUGCUUUCAGACAUGAAGAUAGAUCAUGAACAUCCAUAUCGAAUGAGCAGGAAAGGGCACAAUGAUGCAAAUAACUGUUGUAGUGUCUGUAAUAAUCGCAAUGACUGUAAUUGUUUCAGUGCAUGUAAUUGUUGCAGUGUCUGUAAAUAA